AUGCACUCAAUAUCAGGCCCCUACAAUGGAGCUCUGAUACCAAUUGUUAAAAAGAAAAAUGACAUACAAGGUUUUGCUAUUGGUAAUGGGUUAACAAAUCCUGCAAUUCAACACCCAGAAUACCCAGACUUUGCAUUAGACAACAAAAUAAUUACAAAAGCUCAACAUGAUGAUAUCAUCAAGUCAAUCCCAGGCUGUGAAGAAGCCACAAAAAAUUGCGAAUCUAAAGGUGGACAAAGUUGCGAGACUGCAUUAAAUGUUUGUCAAGGCAUAUUCGAUAGUAUCUUGUCUAUAGCCGGAGAUAUUAAUUACUACGACAUCAGAAAGAAGUGUGUGGGACAAUUGUGUUAUGACUUCAACAACGUGGAGAAGUUGUUAAACCUGCAUAAAGUGAAAAGAGCUUUAUUAGAGAAAGGGAUUAAUGUUCUAGAUCCAACAUUUUGGUAUCCAGAGCCUAAUCGAGCCUGGGAUCGGGAAACACGAGUGAAAUCAGUGAGGUUUCAAUUUGCAAUUUGGGAAACACGAGUGUGA